UGAAAUUUGGCAAUAAAUACAUCUAAAAUUAACUAUAAAGACAUUAUUUGUUUUAUUUGUCCAUAUACUCUUCAUCCUAUCUGAUCUUUUGUUUUUGGGUACAUUCUACGUAUGUAUUUAAAUAUUUCUAUUGUGAUUAUUGUUCAAUACAUUAUACAUAUACAUGUACUCGUCCAACUCUAAAAGUUUAUUGACAUUUUUUGAUAGUUCACGUACAAAUCACAAUGCCCUUCAGAAGCAUUAAUCCUAUAUUCAUGAUCUUUGUCUUCUUCCUAACUUCAGUAGUUUCUUCAUACUCUCAGCUCCAAUUACCAUGCACGCCUCCGUACCAUAACUCCCACCCAUUCUGCAACACCUCCCUCCCCAUCACCACCAGAGUUCGAUCCUUCAUCUCCCUCCUCACCGUCGACGAGAAAAUCCCGCUUCUUUGCGACAACAGCUCCGCCGUGCCACGGCUCGGCAUCCCGGCCUACCAGUGGUGGGGGGAGUCCCUCCACGGGAUCGGCCUCAACGGGCCGGGAGCGAACCUCGACGGAGUCGUCAAGGGCGCCACGAUAUUCCCGAACGUCAUCGUCACGGUCUCGUCCUUCAACCGCACGUUGUGGCGAGCGGUGGCGGCCGCCGUGGCUGUGCAGGCGAGGGCUCUGCAUAAUGUGGGUCAGGCUGGGUUGACUUUCUGGGCUCCGACCAUAAACGUGUAUAGGGACCCGAGGUGGGGAAGAGGGCAAGAGACGCCUGGAGAAGACCCUUAUGUGGCUUCUGUGUAUGGAAUGGAGUAUGUAAGGGGGUUACAGGGGAAGGAUCUGAUGCGUGGAAAUGGUGAGGGAGAUUUGAAGGAGGAAGAUGAAAAGGAUGGGAAUGACAGGUUGAUGUUGUCGGCGUGUUGUAAGCAUUUAGCUGCUUAUGACUUGGAGCAUUGGCAAGAUAUUGAUAGGUUUAACUUUAAUGCAGUGGUCACAAGACAAGAUAUGGAAGACACCUAUCAGCCUCCUUUUAAAAGCUGUAUAAGGGAUGGUGAGGCAACCUGCAUUAUGUGUUCUUAUAAUGAAGUUAAUGGGAUACCCGCUUGUGCAAACAGAUAUCUCCUGGACAGGGCUCGAUCAGAUUGGGGAUUCAAAGGAUAUGUGGCCUCAGAUUGUGAUGCUAUUAGCAAUAUAUUUAAUUAUUUGCAUUACACGAGAACUCCAGAAGAAGCUUCUGCAGUUGCACUUAAAGCAGGGACGGAUAUCGGGUGCAGAACAUUCCUGAGGGACCAUAUGAAAAGUGCAUAUGAGAAAGGGAUAGUGGGGGAGGCUGAUUUGGACCGAGCUUUGGUGAACCUGUACACGGUUCUAUUCCGGCUCGGUCUUUUUGACGGAGCGGCCGGGAAUUGGCGGUUUUCGAACUUAGGACCACAGGAUGUGUGUAGUCCCGAGCACAGCGAAUUGGCACUCGAAGCGGCAAGGCAGGGCACUGUCCUGCUGAAGAAUGAGCACGGUUUCCUGCCUUGGGAUCGCUCUCGUGUGCUAUCUCUGGCUGUUAUUGGGCCUGCGGCCAAUACGACCUACCUUGGUGGUGACUAUUCAGGAAAUCCAUGCAACAAAAGAAACCUUUAUGGGGGAUUCCCGGAAUACGUACAGAAUGUAUCUUAUGCUCCUGGAUGCUUAAAUGUUGCUUGCAACAGCACUACUGGUUUCGGGAAAGCUGCAUAUGUUGCCAAGGCUGCUGAUUAUGUCAUCCUCGUUCUCGGAUUGGACUUGUCCCAAGAAUCUGAAUAUCUUGACAGAAGCACUCUUUUAUUGCCUGGACUCCAAAUGAACUUGGUUAACAUGAUAGCUAAUGUCACCAAAAACCCAUUACUUUUGGUCCUUACUGGUGGCGGUCCUCUAGAUGUCUCGUUCGCCAAGCAAAAUCCAAGGAUUGGUGGUAUAAUUUGGAUUGGAUACCCCGGAGAAGAAGGUAGAAGAGCAUUGACUCAGGUCAUUUUCGGAGAGUAUAAUCCAGGUGGAAAACUGUCUGUUACAUGGUACCCAGAAUCGUAUACUAGCAUACCAAUGAUUGACAUGAACAUGAGGGCUGAUCCUUCUCGUGGUUACCCCGGAAGAACAUAUCGAUUUUACACCGGAGAAAAAGUUUACGACUUUGGGUAUGGACUAAGCUACACGAAUUUUUCUCUUCAGCUCUUAUCAGCUCCAAGCAGAAUAAGCUUAUUAUCAGAGCCUGAGAAGAAGAAAUGGAGAUGGAGAAAUCUCAACAGCGAGGAUAACAUUGUCCCGCACUAUGUUCUUACAGAUGAACUGUCAAAUUGCGAUUCAAUGGGUUUCUCUGUUCCCAUUUCUAUAACGAAUGAUGGAUAUAUGGACGGAAGUGAAGUUGUGAUGCUUUUUUCUAGAGCACCAAGAUCUUACAAAAGUGCUCCUUUGAAGCAAUUGAUUGGGUUUGAUAAAGUUCAUGUUUCGGUAGGUGAAUCUACUACAACAAGCAUCAAUGUAAACCCAUGUGAGCAUCUUAGCAUUGUGAACGAGGAAGGGAGCAGAAUUUUACCACUAGGUGAUCAUACUCUUAUUUUUGAUGACAAAGAGUAUGUUAUUUCAAUUGAAAUGUGAUGUACAUGAAAAAACAUUUGUUUUUGAAUGAUUUUGACAAACUUUUAAUUUGGACAUGCUGAGUUUAUUAUUUCAUUCAUAACU